CUUCUCCGUUGCCCUCCCCCUUGUCCGGCACCGCCGCCCCCUUCUUCUUCCCCCGUGCCCCGCCGAUCCUCGCUCCUCCCGCCACAGCCGAGCUCUGCGAUGCCCCGCUAUGAACUGGCUUUGAUCCUGAAAGCCAUGCAAAGGCCUGAGACUGCAGCUGUGCUGAAACGCACUGUAGAGGCUCUCAUGGAGAGAGGAGCCAUUGUGAGGAACCUCGAAAACCUGGGAGAAAGGGCUUUGCCAUAUAAAAUCUCCAAGCACAACCAUCGCCACAGAAGAGGAGGGUAUUUUUUGGUAGACUUAGAGGGCCCACCUUCAAUUGUAUCGACCAUGAUGGAUCAUUUAGGACGGGAUAUUGACAUAAUUAGACGUGCUUUUACAAAGUAUCCUGUGCCAAAGACGGAAGAAUGCAGUGGCAUAGUCCCUGUCAACUAUGAAGAAAAACUUAUGCCCAAGAAGAAAUGAAUGCUCUAAAUCAUGUUUGAAACUUUUAACAGAUUUUUUUAGUCCUGCUUUUGAAUACAAUUUUGAUAAGUAAUGUCCAUCAAAAAUAAUCAGUUUUCGCAAUGUUAUGGCAUAAUACACUGAAGUUAUUGUCAUGUUUGAGGUUUCUUUUGAAAUUGUUUAAAAUAACUUGAGGAGAAUUAAUCUGUAUGCUUAUCUUGAUGUUUGACAGCUCUGAAAAUGGAUUUUCUUUUCUCUUAGAAUACUACAUUGAUAAGAUUUAUCCAUCAUCACAACACUCAAAAUAGCAUUCUUUUCCAAAGACAGAUUACUUCAUAAUAUGCGUAUUUACUUUAUAGGUUAAGAAGUCUAUAGUGUAAAUAUAGCACAACAGUAUGGGAUCUGUUUGAGGAUUUUUUUUUUUUUUUGCUUGUUUUUGGUAAAAAAGGUAAUAAAAGUAUGAUUAAAAAUAAAACUUGGCUCAUUUUUUAAGACCGGAAAAGGUAUAAGAAGAAACGACUCACACUGACAAAAGACGUGCUGAACUUUUCUUUGUGGUCAUAUGAGAGCUGUGUUCAAAGUACAGGUAAAGAGUUACUCUGCAUACGAACGCCAAGUGGCGUUUGAGAGAAUGACCAUGAUGUUGAGUGAAAGAAGAAUAAAAGAUGUUUUAUUUUACCAUCAGCUAGACCCAGCCUGGAUGUUGGAAUGGAGGAAAAUACUUGUAGGAUGGACCUUCCUUCCACACAGGUGUGAGCUUAGCCAGGAGGAGCUGUGGAGUUGUAAGUCUGUGCUAUGGGGUCAGAUCCAUGUGCUGCCCUUUUUGCUGACCUACUGAGAAUUGAGGUUAAUGGCACAUGCAGCUCAAAAUACCAAUAGGAAAAUACAUAAAAAUGUGGUUUACUCAGUUUUCUCAGAAGUUUUUCUUAAUGGAGCAUGAGCAGAAACCUGUAGCCUAAAGAAACCAAGAUUCCCAUUGUCUUUCGUGGUUUCAGCCUUCUGAGAAAUGAGUGUUUGUCUGUAUUUGGUCACCUACCUAUUCACAGAACAAAUUGAUGGUCAGUGUGUAAAACAAGGCAAAGUUGUCCCUUGUGUUACUACCCAUGCAAGCUAUUCACCUACACCAUUUUUUUGUUGUUGUUGUUUUUUUGCCUAUGUGCACAAAAAGGGUAUUUAUUACUUGAGUUUUAUCUUUAAGAAAAAAUGCUUUCAAAUCUAGCUUAAAACAGUUAUCUUCUGGAUAGGAGUUUGGGCCCUGGGUUUCAAUUUCAAUAGAAAGGAGAAUAUAUAAGCUUUCAGCUUCGCUAAAUAAAGAUUGAAAACAGACUGUAUGUAACACAAA